AUGGGGCUACAGGAGAAGGGCCUGGUUCAGGUCAGGCAGGAAAAAAGACUUUUGCCAGUUGAUGGGGAAGAAAGGAUGUCAGAGGGCUUAGCCAUUGAGGGGGACAGAGAGUCUCCACGUGCGUUCUCACCUCUUCUAGCCGACAUCAUACAUCAGUGGGGAGGCCUUUGUGACAUCAGUUUACGUGAAGGAGCUGGAACUGAUUCUCCAUCCCCAGAGCCCCCAGCAGGACCCAGUGAGGAAGAACAGUGGCUGCAGGUGGAGGCUGAGCAGCUGCAGAAGCAGCUGGAGAGCCUGGCAGACAAAGGAAUAUUCGUUAUGCAAAGUGAGAGCCUCAAGAAAUGCAUUCAGGCGGGUGGAUCUAUACUGACCCUGGAGAACUGCGAACAGCCAAACAAGAACAUGUUGUGGAAAUGGGUUUCAAACCACCACCUCUUUAACGUAGGAGGCAGUGGUUGCCUGGGCCUAAACUUAUCAAAUCCAGAGCAGCCAUUAAGCAUCUAUGAAUGUGAUUCCACCCAUGUUUCCUUGAGGUGGCGCUGUAACAGGAAGGUGAUCACUGGCCCUCUGCAGUAUAUGCUCCAGGGGGAGCACGACAACACAGUGGUGGCUUCAAGGAAGCAUCUCCAUAGUUGGAUUUCCUCAGGUGGUGAAGAUGUUUGUGAAUAUCUUCACAGAGAUUUGUAUACAAUCAAAGGGAAUGCCCACGGGAUGCCAUGUGUGUUUCCCUUCCAAUAUGACCAUCAGUGGCAUCACAAAUGUACCCGGGAAGGUCGGGAAGAUGACUUACUGUGGUGUGCCACGACAAGCCGCUAUGAAAGAGAUCAGAAGUGGGGAUUUUGCCCAGAUCCCAACAUAGGUUGUGACGCUGUCUGGGAGAAGAACCUCAGUUCACACAUUUGCUACCAAUUCAACCUGCUUUCAUCUCUCUCUUGGAGUGAGGCACAUUCUUCAUGCCAGAUGCAAGGAGGCGCUUUACUAAGUAUUGCGGAUGAAACUGAAGAAAAUUUCAUAAGGAAGCACAUGAGCAAUGAAGCCCUAGAAGUGUGGAUAGGUCUGAAUCAGCUGGAUGGAAACGCUGGCUGGCAGUGGUCUGAUGGGACACCACUCGGCUAUCUGAACUGGAAACCAGAGAUAAGUUUUGACCCAUUUGUUGAAUAUCACUGUGGAACAUUUAACUCAUUUAUGCCAAGUUCCUGGAGGAGUCGAGAUUGUGAGUCCGCCUUGCCUUACAUAUGUAAAAAGCAUCUAAACCACACUGAUCAUAAAAUAGUUGAAAUAGAUGCUUGGAGAUACCAUGCUACCCACUGUGAGUCUGGCUGGAAUCCCUAUAAUCGUAAUUGCUACAAACUUCAGAAAGAAGAAAAGACCUGGAAUGAGGCUUUGCAUUCUUGCCAGUCUGAUAAUAGUGCAUUAAUAGACAUAGCUUCAUUAGCAGAAGUGGAGUUUCUUGUGACCCUCCUUGGAGAUGAAAAUGCAUCAGAAACAUGGAUUGGUUUGAGCAGCAAUAAAAUUCCAGUUUCCUUUGAAUGGUCUAAUGGCUCCUCUGUCAUCUUUACUAAUUGGCACAGACUUGAACCCCACAUUUUUCCAAAUAGAAGCCAGCUAUGUGUCUCAGCAGAACAAUCUGAGGGACACUGGAGAGUUAAAAAUUGUGAAGAAACACUUUUCUACAUUUGUGAAAAACCAGGCCAUGUCCUUUCUGACAGUGGAUCAGGAUGUCAAGAGGGAUGGGAGAGACAUGGUGGAUUCUGUUACAAAAUUGACACAGUCCUUCGAAGCUUUGACCACGCUUCCAGUGGCUACUACUGUCCUCCUGCACUUGUAACCAUUACAAACAGGUUUGAACAGGCUUUUAUUACCAGUUUGAUCAGUAGUGUGGUAGAAACGAAGGACAGUUAUUUUUGGAUAGCUCUUCAAGACCAAAAUGCUACAGGAGAAUAUACUUGGAAGACAGCAGGGCAGAAAUCAGAGCCAGUGCAGUACACACACUGGAACGCACAUCAGCCUCGCUACAGUGGUGGCUGUGUUGCCAUGAGAGGAAAGAGCCCACUUGGUCGCUGGGAAGUGAAGGACUGUAGACACUUUAAGGCAAUGUCUUUGUGCAAGCAGCCAGUCGAAAAUCGGGAGAAAACUGAGCAUGAAGAGAGAUGGCCCUUUCACCCCUGCUAUUUGGACUGGGAGUCAGAGCCUGGUCUGGCCAGUUGCUUCAAGGUAUUUCACAGUGAAAAAGUCCUGAUGAAAAGAUCAUGGAGAGAAGCUGAAGAGUUUUGUGAAGAAUUUGGAGCUCAUCUUGCAAGCUUUGCCCAUAUUGAGGAAGAGAAUUUUGUGAAUAAGCUUUUACAUUCAAAAUUUAAUUGGACAGAAGAAAGGCAGUUCUGGAUUGGAUUUAAUAAAAGAAACCCACUGAAUGCUGGAUCUUGGGAGUGGUCUGAUGGAACUCCUGUUGUCUCUUCAUUUUUAGACAAUACUUAUUUUGGAGAAGAUACAAGAAACUGUGCGACAUAUAAGACAAACAAAACAUUGCUGCCAUUGCACUGUGGUUUCAAACGCGAAUGGAUAUGCAAAAUUCCAAGAGAUGUGAGACCCAAGAUUCCAUCCUGGUACCAGUAUGAUGUGCCCUGGCUCUUCUAUCAGGAUGCAGAGUACCUUUUUCAUACCUACGCUUCUGAAUGGUCCUCCUUUGAGUUUGUCUGUGGCUGGCUGCACAGUGAUCUUCUCACAAUUCAUUCUGCACAUGAGCAAGAAUUCAUCCACAGCAGAAUAAAAGCGCUAUCAAAGUAUGGUGCAAAUUGGUGGAUUGGACUUCAGGAAGGAGCCAAUGAUGAAUUUCUCUGGAAUGAUGGAGCUCCAGUAAUAUACCAGAACUGGGACAAAGGAAAAGAAAGAUUUGUGAAUAAUCAGAGCCAGAGAUGUGGCUUCAUUUCGUCCGUUACAGGACUCUGGGGUAUUGAAGAGUGUUCAGUUUCUAUGCCUAGUAUUUGUAAGCGAAAACAGAUUUGGGUCAUAGAGAAAGAUACACCAAAAAAACAUGGAAGAUGUCCCAAAGGAUGGCUGUAUUUUAAUUAUAAGUGCCUUUUGGUGAAUAUCCCCAAAAACCCAAGCAAUGGGAAGAACUGGACACAUGCUCGAGAUUUCUGUGUUGAAGAAGGAGGGACGCUGGUCGCCAUUGAAAGUGAAGUGGAGCAAGCUUUCAUUACUAUGAAUCUUUUUGGCCAGACCACUAAUGUGUGGAUAGGAUUACAAAAUGGCAAUUAUGAAAAAUGGCUAAACGGAAAGCCUGUGGCAUAUUCUAACUGGUCUCCAUUUGAUGUAAUAAAUAUUCCAAGUCAUAACACCACUGAAGUUCAAAAACACGUUUCUCUUUGUGCAUUGCUGUCAAGUAAUCCUAAUUUUCAUUUCACUGGAAAAUGGUAUUUUGAAGACUGUGGAAAAGAAGGCUAUGGGUUUGUUUGUGAAAAAAUUCAGGAUACUUCUGGACACGAUGUAAAUACAUCUGAUAUGUAUCCAAUCCCCAAUAUCUUAGAAUAUGGAAACAGAACUUACAAAAUAAUUAAUGCCAACAUGAAUUGGUAUACAGCAAUAAAAAUCUGCCUGAAGCAUGGAGCAGAACUGGUCAGCAUUACAGACCAGUAUCAGCAGUCCUUCCUCACUGUUAUCCUCAGCCGGCUUGGACACGCUCACUGGAUUGGACUGUUCACCACAGAUAAUGGUCUUAAUUUUGACUGGUCAGAUGGCACCAAAUCCUCUUUCACUUUUUGGAAAGAUGAGGAGUCAUCCUUCCUCGGUGACUGUGUUUUUGCCGACACCAGUGGACGCUGGCAUAGCACCGACUGUGAGUCAUUUCUGCAAGGCGCCAUUUGUCAUGUGCCCACUGAAACAAAACCAUUUGAACACUCAGAGCUGUGCUCAGAGACAUCCAUUCCCUGGAUAAAAUUUAAAAAUAAUUGCUACAGUUUUUCUACAGUCCUAGACAGUACAAGUUUUGAGGCUGCUCAUGAAUUUUGCAAAAAGGAAGGAUCUAAUCUUUUAACAAUCAAGGAUGAGGCUGAAAAUUCAUUUCUCCUAGAAGAGCUUUCUGCCUUUGGUUCUUCUGUCCAGAUGGUUUGGUUGAAUGCUCAAUUUGAUAGCAACAGUGAAACCAUAAGGUGGUUUGAUGGAACUCCUGCAGACCAGUCAAACUGGGGCAUUCGGGAGCCAGACAUGGGCCACCUCAAGCCCCACCAGUGUGUUGCCCUGAGGAUCCCUGAAGGAGUGUGGCAGCUGUCCCCAUGUCAAGAAAAAAAGGGAUUUGUAUGUAAAAUGGAGACAGAUAUUCACACUGUAAAGGAGCAUCCAGUGAAAGGACCAAGUCACAGCAUCGUUCCUCUUGCAGUGGCACUGACACUGAUAGUAAUUCUGGCCACUUUCACACUUUCCUUCUAUGUGUACAAGCAGAACAGUAGCUUCUUCAGGAGACUGGCAAGGUUGGGGAAUCCUUACUAUUCUACGACCAACUUUAGUGCAGUACAUUUAGAAGAAAAUAUUCUUAUUUCUGAUCUUGAGAAGAAUGACCAAUAAGGAUGAAGUCAGAGAACACCGCAGCCAUGAGGACGAGUAAAGACUAUAACGGAGGCUCUUUCCUUCUCUUUACAGACCAGAUGCCAUUACAGUUUGAAUUGUGUCACUAUUUUAAUUAUUCUUACAGUGAUUACUGGUUUUGAUCUAUAACCAAAUCAGUUGGAUUUUGAUUUAUUCAUUUCCCCAAACUGUGAUCCAUUCUUAAAAUGGGGGAACUUAUGUGAUGGUUAUUAUUCAGAAAGACAAGAACUGUAAACGAACCUCCCUAUUGAAAACUCUCAAACCAACAUUAAUAAUAAUUUAUGCAUGAAUAUGUUUUUACUAAAAUUGGGGGGGAAUUUCAGAACUUAUCUGGUACCUAUUCAUACUCAUUCACAUUCAUUCUAUUAAAAGAGAGAAAAGAGGAAGCAAAACAAAAUUUUAAAUCCUAUAGGUGUAUAGGGGAGGAAAAGGAAAAGGCUUCUGAAAAGGUUUCUUGCUUGUGUGUUUCUAAUUCAAUCAUUUCUAAUGGUAGGGUUUGGAAAAUACUAAUUUCUAAGUUUAAAACUCACAGAUUCUGGGCUCUAAAUUAAUAUUUAGGGUGACAUUCAUUUUUAUUAGGUCUGACUUCUCAAGCUAAAGGAGAAGAAAAAUUACCUUUCUUUAAACAGUAAAGAUAUUGGUUAGUAGCAUACUUUCAUAAGUAAGCACAUAAUUAAAAGGUAGCCUAAAACUUUCAAUUACUAAAUGAUGACUAAGUUUGAUAUUUUAAAAUAUUUUAUAGAUAAGCUUAAAAGAAUAUAUUGAGAUUUUAAUAUUGUUAAAACUCAUGGGCUUUAUUAAAAACCAAAGACAUAAAAUAAUAUACAACACUCUAAAUAACCAGAAGAUAUGAAAUAUAACUUGAAUUUAAUGGGUGAAAAAUUGAAAAUCUGAAUUAUAGUCUCAUUUGAACCAGACUAGAAGAUAUGUUGAGAAGUACUAAAUAAAUUACUCUUUAAUAGUAAUCUA